GCGGGAGGAGUAAAGAUGGCGGUGCGGGGAUCUCCGCCUUCUGCUCCCGGCUGAAGCGCUCCGAGGGAAGCUGCAGCGGCAACUGGGGCAGCAAUAGCAAUCCAGGGGUGGUAGUUUCAGCAGCAGCUGCUGAGGCCAGAGCAAUGGCUGAGCUAGAGCACCUGGGCGGGAAGCGGGCAGAGUCCGCGCGAAUGCGGCGGGCUGAGCAGCUUCGGCGCUGGCGGGGCUCGCUGACAGAGCAGGAACCCGCGGAGCGACGAGGCGCGGGGCGGCAGCCGCAGACUCGUCGCGGGAGCCCUAGGGUCCGCUUCGAGGACGGUGCUGUUUUCCUGGCCGCUUGCUCUAGCGGGGACACCGACGAGGUGAAAAAGCUUCUGGCCAGAGGUGCCGACAUCAACACGGUCAACGUGGACGGCUUGACAGCCCUGCACCAGGCCUGUAUUGAUGAAAAUUUGGACAUGGUGAAGUUUCUGGUGGAGAACAGAGCCAAUGUAAACCAGCAGGACAACGAGGGCUGGACACCCCUUCAUGCAGCAGCUUCCUGUGGUUAUCUCAACAUAGCAGAGUAUUUCAUUAACCAUGGAGCCAGUGUGGGUAUUGUGAAUAGUGAAGGUGAAGUCCCCUCUGACCUUGCAGAAGAGCCUGCCAUGAAGGAUCUUCUUCUGGAGCAAGUGAAGAAGCAAGGAGUUGAUCUAGAGCAGUCACGAAAAGAAGAGGAACAACAGAUGUUACAGGAUGCCCGCCAGUGGCUCAACAGCGGGAAACUAGAGGAUGUAAGGCAGCCUCGCUCAGGGGCCACAGCCCUCCAUGUGGCUGCUGCCAAGGGCUACUCUGAGGUCCUCAGACUUUUAAUCCAGGCUGGCUAUGAACUCAAUGUUCAGGAUUACGAUGGCUGGACUCCCCUCCAUGCUGCUGCACACUGGGGAGUGAAGGAGGCUUGCUCCAUCCUGGCAGAAGCACUCUGUGACAUGGAUAUCAGGAACAAACUGGGCCAGACACCAUUUGAUGUGGCUGAUGAGGGUCUUGUGGAGCACUUGGAGAUGCUCCAGAAGAAGCAGAAUGUGCUUCGAAGUGAAAAAGAGACACGGAAUAAGCUCAUUGAGUCAGACCUGAACAGCAAGUUGCAGAGUGGACUUUUUAAGAACAAAGAGAAGAUGCUUUAUGAAGAAGAGGUAUCCAAGUCCCAAGAAAUGGAGGAAGAAAGCAAAGAGUCUAGCAGCUCCAGCUCAGAGGAGGAGGAAGGUGAAGAUGAAGCUUCUGAGUCAGAAACUGAGAAGGAAGCAGAUAAAAAGCUAGAAGCCAUUGUCAACCAUUCCAACUCUGAAAGCAAGAGUAUUAUCACGGAACAGAUACCACCACCGGCUCAGAAUACCUUCUCUGCCUCUUCAGCUAGGAGAUUCUCCUCCAGCCUUUUUAAUAAGCCAGAAGAACCCAAAGAUGAAUCUCCUUCUUCGUGGAGACUGGGACUCAGAAAAACUGGCAGCCACAACAUGCUGAGUGAGGUGGCCAAUUCUAGGGAAGCUCUAAGGGACCGAGGCUCUUCCAUCUACCGGUCAUCAUCAAGCCCUCGGAUUUCUGCUCUGCUGGACAACAAAGAUAAGGAGAGAGAAAACAAAAGCUAUUUUAGUUCACUAGCACCCCGGAGGCUCAGCAGCACAAGUGACAUUGAAGAAAAGGAGAACAGAGAAUCAGCUGUUAAUCUAGUGAGGAGUGGUUCAUAUACACGGCAGCUGUGGAGGGAUGAAGCAAAGGGAAGUGAAACUCCACAGACAGUUGCUCCUUCUACCUAUGUAUCAACCUACUUGAAAAGGACUCCUUACAAAUCCCAGGCUGACUCAACAGCAGAGAAAACAGCAGACAAUGUCUCUUCUAGCACCCCGCUCUGUGUGAUCACUAAUCGCCCUCCACCUAACACUGCCAAUGGGGUCACAACUGCCACUCUGCUCUCCACUCCUGGAACAGACUCCUCUGUGGAAGCCAGGGACAGGAGGAGGUCAUAUCUGACUCCGGUGCGGGAUGAGGAAGCAGAGUCUUUACGGAAAGCACGUUCCAGACAAGCUCGGCAGACUCGAAGGUCUACUCAAGGCGUGACACUAACAGACCUUCAGGAAGCAGAAAGGACUUUCAGCCGGUCGAGAGCAGAACGGCAAGCUCAGGAGCAGCCUAGCCAGAAGUCCGCAGGCACUGAAGGGCUUGAAGGAAGCUCGGAGAAGCAUGAGCCCUCAGCGGUCCCAGCAAAGGAAGCUGGCGAGGGCCGUCAACCCUGGGGUGGGAGUCUGGAUGAAGAACCUGUCUAUCGUCGCCUGAGGUAUCCAGUUCAGCCAGACAAACCCACAACACCAGUGUCUCCUUCUGCAUCAAGAUCCUCUCUCUACACCAGUUCCCAUCUGCUACGGACAAGCAGAUCUUCAGUCCCUGACUCUGAGAGUCCAGAGACCACCACAAACGCUGCAGUUGCAAAGGAAAUGGACAAAAAUGAGAGUGAAGAAGCAGAUGUGGAUGAUCAGUCCUCUACUAGACUGUCCAUCCGUGAGAGGAGGCGGCCCAAGGAACGACGACGAGGCACGGGCAUCAAUUUCUGGACAAAGGAUGAAGAUGAAACUGACGUCUCUGAAGAGGUAAAAGCAGCACUGCAUGAAAGACUUUCUAGGUUGGAAUCAGGAGGUAGUAACCCUACAAGCAGCGAUUCUUACGGUGACCGGGCCUCAGCAAGAGCCCGCCGCGAGGCCCGGGAGGCCCGCCUUGCCACCCUGACCAGCCGCGUGGAGGAGGACAGCAGCAGGGAUUAUAAAAAACUCUAUGAGAGUGCCCUGUCCGAAAACCAAAAAUUGAAAACAAAACUUCAGGAGGCCCAGCUAGAGCUAGCAGAUAUAAAGUCCAAGCUUGAGAAGAUGGCCCAGCAGAAACAAGAGAAGACCUCUGACCGAUCAUCAAUGCUGGAGAUGGAGAAACGGGAGAGGCGAGCCUUGGAGCGGAAAAUGUCAGAGAUGGAGGAGGAGAUGAAGGUGUUAACAGAACUGAAAUCUGACAACCAGAGGCUGAAAGAUGAAAAUGGUGCCCUCAUCAGAGUCAUCAGCAAACUAUCCAAAUAGACUAGGCUCCCGAUUUAGGAGGGAAAGGGCAGGAUUUGCUGCCCCCACCCCUCUUCUGCAGCCAUUGCCUUCCAACCAAAAGAAGUGAAUAUUUUGGUGGAAGGACAACGUCUUUCUGACCCUCCUCCAGUCACCUCCUCUGCACUGUACAUUUCCUCUGCACUCUCAGUGCCCGUUCCUCCCAUGCCCCCCACCCCGUGAGUUUUAUGACAGUUUUAAUUGAAGCAUGAUUGUGAUCAUUCGAGCCAUCUGGAGAAGGCCUUGGGGAGUACACCAGGCUCAGCUGUGGACCCCAGCUUCCUGCUGCUCAGCUACUUGUCCACAUUGGACUUGGUCCAAACAUGUAAGACCUCUACCCAAACCAGUACCCCACAGCCUUUUACACUGACCCAGUGUCCUCUGAUAUAGGUGAGUCUUACGGUGGCCAUUCCAGGAUCCUGUCUGGGAUGCCAAGAGAAACAGGAUGUUGGCAUAAUCAUCGGACGGCCUCUGGAGCUAUGUUUCCAUUAGAUUCCAAGG